UCAUGAAGUGGAAUAUGCUUACAUGGCACUGGUCGUGUGGGAGGUGUCAACGAAAAAUAGGAUUUAAGAGCGAUGCGCCCAGAGUGAGAUGUGCCUUUUAUGCAUCUGGCCACGCAUCGUUUCUGCCACCACCACCGCUGCCACCAUCUGACGCUAUCGACAAAAAUGGAAGGUCAAAACGUUACCAAGCGAUACGGCCAGGACUAUGCUACACACUUCAAAGCGCGGGAGUAUUUGGACACGUACUACAAUACAACACCGGAGGAUUCGCCCAAGAGAGACUUCUUCCCCGAGCUCCUGCAGUUCCUGCAUUCAACCUUCAACAAUGGCGAGAUCAGAGGUCAGCGCCUCCUGGACGUUGGAUCGGGCCCCACCAUUCACCAGGUGCUGAGCGCGUCAGAGUGGUUCCCCGAGAUCUACCUCUCCGACUAUGCGCAGAGCAACCGGGAAGAGCUGCAGAGCUGGCUCUGUCACUCCUCGGACGCCUUUGACUGGACGAGGACGAUAGAGUUUGUGUGCCGGCUCGAAGGACACAGAAAAACGGUGGAGGAGAAAUCGGUGCACGUGCGCAAGGCGGUGCGCGCCGUGCUGCCCUGUGACGUCAACCAGGAAGACCCACUGCUCGGGUCCUGGAGCCAAGGCCCCUUUGACUGCAUCAUCUCCACGCUGUGCUUUGAGGCAGCGUGCAGAUCAAUAGGCGAUUUCACGGCAGCACUGGGCCACGUCUGCCACCUCCUGCGGCCCGGGGGAUGGUUCAUUCUUGCCACGGAGCUGGGCGAGACGUUCUACCACAUUGGCUCCGAGACCUUCCAUGUGCUGAGCUUGAAUGAGACGGUCAUCCGGCAAGUUGUAGGCGAUGCUGGCCUCAUCAUACAGGAGUUGGAGAUGCAUCUCGCGCCUAAGCCAUCUCCCGAUGAUACCAACGACCACCAGGCCCUGCUCUUCCUGAGAGCCCAGAAGAAGAUGUGAGAUUCCCGUGCCGGAGUCUAUGGUUAUGGUGGUUUCUUUCACACACAAUUGUAAUCUAGACCAGUGGUCCCCAACCAUUUUCGACCUACACAUCAAUAUUUACCCUUGAACAAGAUUCACAGACCACCGGUAACAUUUGGCAAAAUUAAAUGUAUCCUUAAAGUGGCAUGAUAUUUUAUUAUUGAAGAGCCAUAAAAUUAUGAACUGGAUUUUAAUAUAGUUGUACUUAUUAGAUAUUAAAGGCUCGUGCAAUGGGCGUUAAACAAUACGGUUCUUUGUAAAAUAAAAUUUAUUUCUCCAAUAGUUCUACAGACCACUUCCCACUGCCUUGUAGACGACCAGUGGUCGUCUAUAAGGCAUUGAUCUAUAUCAGUGGCUCUUAACCUAGGGUGCACGCACCUCUGGGCAUGUGAAACAUGGCCAAAUUUGUUUAGAAGGCAAAUCAUCGAAACACAAAAUAAGCAUGAGCACGUAAGUGCAACGUACUUUGUUUCAUCAAACCCUAUACAUAUUAACAUUAUGAAUAAAUUCACGAUUAAGAACCAAAGUGGUGCAAGGCUGUAGCAAAGGUUAAUAAUCCACUGGUCUAUAGAGUAUCCACUUGCAGGGGAGUUACGUACAUUAAGCUUUGGUACAUAAAGGUUUCUCAAACGUUAGUUGGGAAUAAUAUGAUUUUGUAUGCAUGUUUAUUUUUAUCAGGGUUUAUCUCAGCAAUCUCGUUUUUGACGCCGCUAAUAUCCAUCAUUUUAUUGAUUGCUGUUAUAGAUAUGAAUUAUAUUCCAAUUUAAAUGGUAUUCAUUUUGAAAUUGUGUAUCAAUACAAUUCUUAUCAAUUACUUUUGUGUGUGUGGGUAAACUCCUCUCCUUAUUGAUAUGAAGCUUUCGUGACUGCAGAAAUCCAUACUGUUUGGUUCUUCCGGUAAAGUCUCGUAGAUAGAAAAUUAAUUAAAAUUAAUCAAUUAAAAUUAAUUUUCUAUCUACGUGACUUUACCGAAAGAACCAAAGAGUAUCCUCUCCUUAUGUAUGACAAUUCACUAACAUCUCCAUAAACUCUAUUGGCUGUUGUUUACUCCCAAUAUAACAUUCAUAUUCUCUCUGCCUAGGGUCGACUCGUAGCUGCACUUGCUUGCGUCUCACGGACGCUGCGAGCGGCUGGGAGUCGGUCCAGACGACUGAACGGCUGUAGAAGUCCUUCUACGGUUUUUUGCUCCCUCCUUUUAUGCCCUGGGAUUCCGAAAAUCCAGGGUUACGUGACGUUACCCUACGCGGCCAAUCGUGCACCUACCUUUCGAUAUUAAACCGAUGCCCCGCCCUUGCCUGGAGCGUUACUUUCUGUUACACCUCGACCCAUUGUCUACGCACCCGCCCUCCUCAUCCUGGAUUCAACCAGUUUGAUUGGGGUGGCCCAGGGAUUUCCCUCCCCCCUCCUCGUCUGCACUGCCGGCGUAAUAUUUCCCCCCUGGCCCCUCCCCCGUGCUGUGAGCGUCUCAUUGCGGCUAGCCCGGUGAGCUUCUGUGCGCCCAUACAAUUGUAGUGACUGUGAAUGUCACUGUGUGGUUGCUGGGCUUACGAAGCAACGGCGGAUAAUGUUUUGGCAUUGUGUACCCCGCUUACUGGGCGUAGUACCAGCCCUAGCGGGACUUGGGUGAGCGCUGGUCAGCGUGGAGGCACCACGUACAGUGUGUGGUGCGGGGUCCCGGUGAGGGAGUGUCAGCCAUCCAGGGUUACGUUGGGGCAUGAUACGCUGGUUGACCUGCCGACACGUGACAGGAUAAUAUUGGAGGGGGGCCACCGGUGGACGGGGGCCGCUGGGCGGGCACGUGGUAUAGAGGAGCUCUCGGGAGCCUUCGGGAAAGAGCUCGAGAGAUCUAGAAGGUGGGCGGGGCGAGGGGCGGAGCCAGCCCCAGCCCAGGCCGAUAUAACGGAGGCCCCGUGAGGUGCUCAGGGUUUUUUGGGUUGCUGGUGAAGAAGAUCCACGUCGGGUUAAAGAAGCCUCUAGCCACGUGGUCCGAGACCCAGCUUGUGGUCCGGACAGGGAUAGCGAACCGUGUCUAGUUCUGCCGUAGCGUGGCUAGAUGGGCAUUCAACACCCAAGUGUAGGUUGUGUUAUGUUAUGUUGAGUUGGUGAAAUAAAGUGUUGCUCCCAA